CAAAAAGUUUUUACCAUCUUGUGUGUCAUCAAACAAAUCUACUCGCUUAGGUAUUUUGAAAUAUAAAAUUGCCUAAGAAACGGAAAAUAUCGUUGGAAAAAACCCGGAAAAUAUGAAAAUAGUGUGAGGAGACUACACCCACUAUAUAAACAAGAGCCAAGCAGGUGAGGUUAGUUCAUCGGUGAGGUUGAGAGUAAUUCACUACACACACACAAAAAAUAAAUUGAGUGCCUCCCCCAAAAACAAAAUUGGUAGAUAACGAGCAAUUGUUUUUUUUCAGAUUUGAUCCUGAAUUUUUACAUUUUUUUUUUUGCAAUCUCCCCCUAAUCUGUUGUUUCUCGCUUCUUCUUCUGUUAAUCAUCUGUCUUUCAAAAAGAAAGAAAAAAGAAAAAUUCGAUUUCUGGGUUUGUUUUUGUCAUACAGAAAAAAAUCAAGCUUAUGAAUUUGUGUUUAAUUUUUUGUUUUAAUUUGAAAGGCAGGUUUUUUCAGAACGAGAUCGUUUUUUCAAAUUUCUUCUGAUUUUACCUCUUUUUUUCUUCUUAGAUUUUAGUGAAUCGAGGGUGAAAUUUUUGAUUCCCUCUUUUCGGAUCUACACAGAGGUUGCUUAUUUCAAACCUUUUAGAUCCAUUUUUUUUUAAUUUUCUCGGAAAAAUCCCUGUUUCUUUACUUUUUUAUAAGUCUCAGGUUCAAUUUUUUCGGAUUCAAAUUUUUAUUUUAAAUGGCAGCUGCUAUGAAUUUGUACACUUGUAGCAGAUCGUUUCAAGACUCUGGUGGUGAACUCAUGGACGCGCUUGUACCUUUUAUCAAAAGCGUUUCCGAUUCUCCUUCUUCUUCUUCUGCAGCGUCUGCGUCUGCGUUUCUUCACCCCUCUGCGUUUUCUCUCCCUCCUCUCCCCGGUUAUUACCCGGAUUCAACGUUCUUGACCCAACCGUUUUCAUACGGGUCGGAUCUUCAACAAACCGGGUCAUUAAUCGGACUCAACAACCUCUCUUCUUCUCAGAUCCACCAGAUCCAGUCUCAGAUCCAUCAUCCUCUUCCUCCGACGCAUCACAACAACAACAACUCUUUCUCGAAUCUUCUCAGCCCAAAGCCGUUACUGAUGAAGCAAUCUGGAGUCGCUGGAUCUUGUUUCGCUUACGGUUCAGGUGUUCCUUCGAAGCCGACGAAGCUUUACAGAGGUGUGAGGCAACGUCACUGGGGAAAAUGGGUGGCUGAGAUCCGUUUGCCGAGAAAUCGGACUCGUCUCUGGCUUGGGACUUUUGACACGGCGGAGGAAGCUGCGUUGGCCUAUGAUAAGGCGGCGUACAAGCUGCGCGGCGAUUUCGCCCGGCUUAACUUCCCUAACCUACGUCAUAACGGAUCUCACAUCGGAGGCGAUUUCGGUGAAUAUAAACCUCUUCACUCCUCAGUCGACGCUAAGCUUGAAGCUAUUUGUAAAAGCAUGGCGGAGACUCAGAAACAGGACAAAUCGACGAAAUCAUCGAAGAAACGUGAGAAGAAGGUUUCGUCGCCAGAUCUAUCGGAGAAAGUGAAGGCGGAGGAGAAUUCGGUUUCGAUCGGUGGAUCUCCACCGGUGACGGAGUUUGAAGAGUCCACCGCUGGAUCUUCGCCGUUGUCGGACUUGACGUUCGCUGACCCGGAGGAGCCGCCGCAGUGGAACGAGACGUUCUCGUUGGAGAAGUAUCCGUCGUACGAGAUCGAUUGGGAUUCGAUUCUAGCUUAGGGGCAAAAUAGGAAAUUCAGCCGCUUGCAAUGGAGUUUUUGUGAAAUUGCAUGACUGGCCCAAGAGUAAUUAAUUAAAUAUGGAUUAGUGUUAAAUUUCGUAUGUUAAUAUUUGUAUUAUGGUUUGUAUUAGUCUCUCUGUGUCGGUCCAGCUUGCGGUUUUUUGUCAGGCUCGACCAUGCCACAGUUUUCAUUUUAUGUAAUCUUUUUUUCUUUUGUCUUAUGUAAUUUGUAGCUUCAGUUUCUUCAUCUAUAAUGCAAUUUUAUUAUGAUUAUGUAAUUGACAAGGCCAUAACAUUUUGAUUACGAUAAACCAUGAUCAUGUUUAAGAAGAUGACUUAACAAAUGUAAUCUAAGAACUUGAAGAUUGGAUUUGUAGUUUGGUGAAUGAAGAAUAGUUAAAUGUAUCACCAA